UUGCUUGGUUGAGGGGCGGUAGCUGAGGGGCGGUCCUGAAUCUGUAGGCUCUCUGAACAUUUUAAACACAGCAAUCUUCCUUCCUUGACUUUCAACCGAACAGUGAUUACUUCCAAGCCUAGAGAGGUAGAUAAAGAUAAUUCGUACCAGGCCCUAUACUUCUAAAUAUCACGUGAUUUUGGCGCGACACUGGCAGCCAGAAAGUCGGGAUGAGACGUUUUCCGUUUGUUGACAUUGUUAUGGUUCAGUUUUGUUGAACUAUGCCUAAAGCUGCAAACCAUCUUGAUAGAUGCCGUCUCUGCGACCAAAAUCUAAGGAUAUUUGGUACGCUCCAACAUGUGCGUUCCCUUGUGUCAAAGUCGAAUUGUACCAUUCUGACUAGGUUAUCAUCACUCGGCAUAAACCUGACACUGCACGAAGAUACAUCGACAAUUAUAUGUCAGAAGUGUUUUCGUAACAUUUGUAAGGUUGAAAAGACCAUGCAUGUGUUACAUGCAUGGAAAGCUACAACGCAAACACCGGCGUUUGGAACUCCCGGGGAAGAAGUUAUCAAGUCCCAACAAGGCCCAGUAGAGACCGGAAGAGACGAUACCAAGACCAGGUGUUUUAACUGUGAUUCCUUGAAUGAGGUACCCGAGAAGAAACGUCAACGGGAAGAAAGCCCACCAACUACAGGCAGGGGUGCCAAGAAGAGAUGCAAUGCCUCUACACAAUCCCCAGAGAAGAACAUUAUGGUUGAGGUUGUCAUUACAUACAACCCAAAAUUGAGUCAUCCAAAACCAGGAGUCGGUUCCCCUGACAACAAGGGAAGGAUGUGGAAACAGAAGAGGAAGGUAAUUGCUUCAGAAUUUUCGGGCAUGAUUGAAAACUUGGCUAUGGGCAAUAUGGUGACUUUUGCAAAAUUAGCCUUGACAAAUGAGAACAUAUCCCAAGAAAUCAGAAAGCAAAUUGUAAAUAAAAUCCAAGUGGAGGUCAAGGCAUAUGCAAGCCUCCCUAAUGUUUUUGAACCGUGCAUCUUGAGCAGUACCUCGUUGGAGAAAAUGAAGUAUUUUUCAUACGAAGCGUUGGAUAAUGAGUUGUCCAGGAAGACACCGUGGCUUUAUACCACCAUCAAUACUGCAACAGGUGGUUCCACCAUCCAUAACUGUGUGGCUGCCUCUGUGGCCCUGAGAGGUAGAAACCCCAGGCUUUCUGCACUGGCCUAUGUCAUCAACUCAACACUGACCCAAGGGGGGGUUAAGCCCAUUUUCAAAAGACUCUCUAAAAUGGGCAUUGUAACAUCAUACCAAUGUGCCAGCAGUAAGCAGAAGGAGAUGAAGGCAGCUGGGUACAACAUCAACAUCAAAUGCUGGAGGGAGGACUGUGAGCUGUUUUUCCAACAUAGUGUCAGCGGUGAAGUCUGCCCACGACCUCCUCCUACGGCUAAACCGACAGAGGAGACCGGAAGAGUGGAGGACGAGGAGAAAGCUAAAGUGGAGGUUGGGGGUCCAGUGGAGGAAGAGUGGGGUUUCCUGCUAGGAGAGACAGAAACUGAGGAAGACAGAGGAUCAACAGUACAGGAAGAGAGAGGAGAGGAGAAAGGCAGUGGUUCCCUGCUAGGAGAGACAGAAACAGAGGAGGACAGAGGAUCAACAGUACAUGAAGAGAGAGGAGAGGAGAAAGACAGGGGUUCCCUGCUAGGAGAGACAGAAACAGAGGAAGACAGAGGAUCAACAGUACAUGAAGAGAGAGGAGAGGAGAAAGACAGGUGUUCCCUGCUAGGAGAGACAGAAACAGAGGAAGUGGGACAUGCAUCAUCAGCACUACAAGGAAAUGACACACAGGAAGAGGACUCUGAUUCAGCGGUGGAUUCAGAGACGGAAUACUUUGGAUUAAACCUCACUUGUGAGAGUGAUUAGAGAAGUAGCCUAACAAAGAGUCUGUAGAUGACAGAUCUAGGCCUAGGCUACAUCUCUGAACAACAAGGGACUAAUCAUAGUUUGGGUACCAACUUACAAUACAGAUGGUGACACAUUGAACUGUACUUCUUAACAUGGUCAUAAAUAUGAUACACCGAGUGUUAUAAGACUGUAUGACAUCUUGUGUCACUGAAUGUCAAUUGCCGUUUUAUCAUGUAUUGGAAAUCAGUUUUAGAGAAUAAAAAUGCUUUGCCUUUUU